AUGUUUAGAAUCAAAAAACUCAUUUUUUUGGCAUUAAUAAUAUAUUUAAAUGUAAUAGCCAGUUAUUGCAAAAGAAGUAAAAAAGCAGAAUGCUCAUUUGAAAAGAAUUUAGAGGAUAAUGCCAAUAUUAGGUACUUUGAAGUUAGUGUUACUUCGAAUACAGAACUUAAUACAAUAAAAAAUAUAAGAGAGCAUGUUAGCCUCCUUGAAAAAUAUAAUGAUCAAUCAUAUGAAUUGGCUGGGAAUUCAACCAAUUUAAAAAACUCUAGCUCAAGUUUGAUUGAUGAUGAUAUACUAUUUUUAGAGUCCUUUAUUUCAUCUUUCUCUACACAAUCCAACAUUUCGGCACCAUUUUCAACAAACGGUGUGACGAUUGAUUCGGUUCCCAUACACGAGACCAAUUGCAAUUCUGAUUUAAUAUUCGAAACAAACAAUGAAGAUAUUAAUAUAUCAAUAAAUAAUCAUUUGAUUUCUAAACUAAUUCCUGAUUUCGAUCAAAUUAAUAGAACGAUUUCAGUUAUACCCUGGAAAGUUAUUGAUAAUAUCGUUCUAAAUUUGGUCCCUGAAAUUCAAAAAAUAUCUUAUGAAUUUGCAUUAAUCUGUACUUCAAUUAGUAACAACAUCGAAUUAUUAAAAUCCUUUUCAAAUGGAUCCGAUAUUAAGCAUGUGCAAUGGGAAGCAUUACAAAUGGCUUCUUUUGCAAGAGGUUAUUCACGUUAUAUACUAGAGACAGUUUCAUUGGCGAUGUCAUUAGUAUUGAUCGCUCCUGAUUCUAAAGCAGAACCAUCUGUUCUUUCUGAUAUUAACUUUUAUUCAAUAAUUAAACAUCCAAAAGAAUUACUAAAUAAAUUAAGUGAACAGAAGGUUGAAGAGAAAAAAAACUAUGAAUGCAUAGAUUUUUUCGUGGAUAAGGAUAUCAAAAAUUCCUGUAUUUUCUGCUUUUCUAUUUUUUUAACUCUUUAUUCUCGAAUUCAGUGCCAAUUUGUAGAAGUUGGAAUUUCAAGAGAAUCAAUACUUGGUAUUAGGUGGUUAGAAGAAAUUCAUUCACAUAUAAAUCAAUUAGAUAAGUUUUUAUUAUCUGUAUGGAAUCAUUUCGUCAUUGAGAAAUACCCCAAUAGCUCUCAUUAUAUUCCUCCAAAACCGACUAUUUCAUGGAAGGCAUUUAAACUGAAACUAUAUGAAGAGUUCAGAAUAGGGUUAAAUUUCCAACAAAAAAUAAAGCUAAAUUCUGAAUUGGAUCUAAGUGAUCAUAUCUUUUUAAAUAGACGUUCUAAAAAAGAUUCAGAAAUUAAUAAUUAUAUUGAGCUAAAAUAUAUGGAUUCUAUUUCGAAUAUACUAGAAUUGAAUCAAAUUGAAAUAGAUGUAAUUGAGGAAACUAUAAAAGUAUAUAAUAAUAUCAUUGAGUUGAUGAAUUUCUCACAAAACGGAGUAUUGCUUGGCUCUAUAACAAAAUUAAGUAACUCUUUAAUGUCAAUAGCAAUAAUAUUAGGAACAUAUGGAGAUAAACAUUUGAUUAAUAUAGCCCUACAAAGUUUAAAAGAGAACCACCGUGAUAUCCCCAGUGAAGAAUGCAAGAGACUUCAUCGAGAAGUGAUAAUUGAUGAAUACUUUGAUCAAAGCACACUCACAAAUAUUUUUGUAAAAUAUAUUUAUUGUAAAAAUGAUCUAAGUUCACAAAUAAAUAGACAGAUUUCACUUCAUUUUAAGUACGAGCUAACAAAAAAGUUUUUGAAAAGAAUAUUAAUUUCUACAAGGAAUUCAUUAUUUGAUAGGAUAAGAGAAAGAGUUAGUGCAUCCAAAGUGAAUGCAGAAAUUAACUUUAAAAGAUCUUUUACCAGGUAUUUAUCACAGUUUCAAGUAAUAUUGGGUUUAGUGAAAAUAAUUAGAAUUAAGAUGGAUGAAACCAAUGCUAAACUAAACGAACUAUUGCAAUUAACUGACUAUUAUAUUUUAAAUCUUGAAAAGUUCAAAAUAAAACUUACAAGUUUUAUUUUCAAUAAUAGAUACUUUUUUUUAGAGAAAGGCGUUAUUGGAGAGCUAAAUGAUACAUCGUAUCCACUUACACCGAUUACAAUCUCUUUGGGGCCAUACUUAUUUGAUAUUGCUGGAAAAAAUUUAAGGGCAACGAUAAAUAAGUUGCGUUCAAAGAUAUCAUUACUGAAUAAGUUGAUUUCAUUUUCGAGAAAUAUAUUGAUCAAAAGAAGAUAUAAUAUUAAUGAAGGAUUAAAUUAUCAAGAAAAAAACAAAAUUUUAUAUUCAACUGCACUUAGAAUUUACAAUAACAGAGAUGAAUUAAUUGUAAUUAAUACUUUCACCAUGGUUUUGUAUAAAACUUUAAAAAACCUAGGAAAUUCAUCACUUAAACCUGUUAAAAACGAAUUUAUAAGUGAAAACUAUCGCUUUGAUUUCGGGAAAGAUGAUAGAUGCAAUUUAAAGAGCGACAUCUUAUCUUUGAAAGAAACUGAAUUAAUAGGGUGUAAAUUGUUUAACAAAAUGGUUGAAAUUAUACAAAUUGAUGAGCUUUUUAGUCUAUUGCAAAAACAAUUUAUCAUUAUUGACAAUACUGAGAGAAAAAUAUACUAUGAAAUUAGUGUGUUAUUUGACAAAAUUUGGCCUCAUCGCAACUUCAUUAAUAACAUCUUAUUUAAAAAUCUCUCUUCAAAGCUUUACACUUUAAAAAGCUUAUUAGAAAAUAUGUUGAUUUUUAAUGGAAUUGCAAGAAAUUCUUUAGUACCUUAUAUAAAUGGCAUGAACAACUUUGAAUGCUUAUAUGACUUUUCACUAGGUAGUAUAAGUAGCUUGGAAAAUGCUAUUAAAGAAUUCCCAUUCAAUAUCAGCUCGAAAGGGCCAAAGGCAUUCUUUAAAAACAUCACAAGUGCAAUUAAAGGAAUAUUCAUUAAAAGUGAAAGAACGAAAAACAGAGAGAAAAAGGCAAUUGUGAAGGAAGUUACUAGGCUUAGUAAGAUAUUGUUCUCACUUGAGCCAUAUGUAAUAAAUAUAGAUAUUUCUUUCAAAUUAAAUGUUGAAAAGCUGCGUUUUAUAAAGAUUGAAUCUCAAGAAAGAAUAAGAAAACUUUUCUAUUUGUAUAUACACUGCAUUUAUUCAACCUUAAAAAGCACAAUAUUUGUCGGAAAUCUUGAGAAGCGUUUUCCAAUUGAGGUUAGAGAAGAGUGGAAUGAAUUUAUCAAGCAAUUAAAUAUAGUUCAAGCUUCACUUUUUGGGCAGUUGUAUUUAAUUUUGGUAAGUUAA